CUCGAAGGCCGACUGUCGUUUUCUGAAAUCUGAAUUUCCUAGAAUUUUUUAUUUACCGAGGUAAUUUAGUAUCAAUAGCAGUGUUUUGAUUAUCGAAAAUUACCCAGAACGCAUUUUUCUAUGAGCGGCAUCAAUGUGAUUGUUUGAUAAUGUGCGUUUCAGUGAAUGUUAUCUUGUGAUGUUGAUCGAAUUUUGAAAUGGUUUAUUAUUGUUACGUUUGAUAAACUUAUCAGUAUUAGGCGUCGCCUUGUAGACGUGUAUUUUUGUUCAAUUACUAAAAUAAAUAUUUAAACUCUAAAAUGGCCGGAGAAUCUUCAAACGCCGAUGUAAACGAAAAAGUUGCAUUUAUAACCGGUAUCACUGGUCAGGAUGGUUCCUACUUAGCGGAAUUUCUGAUAGAAAAAGGCUAUGAAGUGCAUGGCUUGCUGCGUCGCUCCUCAUCAUUCAACACCGGCCGUAUACAGCAUUUAUAUGAGAAGCCAGCGUGCCACUCUGGUGGGCGAAUGCACUUGCAUUAUGGAGACUUGACAGACACCACAUGCUUGAUUAGCAUUAUUUCAAGGAUAAAACCAAAGGAGAUAUACAAUCUAGGAGCACAGUCACACGUAAAAGUAUCAUUCGAAAUAAGUGAAUACACAGCUCAGGUUGACGGUCUUGGUACAUUGCGGCUAUUAGAGGCUGUGAGAGUGGCUGGCUUAGAGAAGAAGACUAAAAUAUACCAAGCAUCUACUUCAGAACUGUAUGGAAAAGUAGUGGAAGUGCCGCAGACUGAAAAGACUCCUUUUUAUCCUAGAUCGCCUUAUGCAUGCGCCAAACUAUACGGGUACUGGAUAGUAGUGAACUACAGAGAGGCAUACGGCAUGUUCGCCUGUAACGGUCUCUUAUUCAACCAUGAGAGUCCCAGGCGGGGAGAGAACUUCGUCACGAGGAAGAUAACGAGGGGCGUGGCUAAGAUACAGCUGGGAUUGUUGGAUUGUCUGGAGCUGGGCAAUUUGGACAGUAAACGGGACUGGGGACACGCUAAGGAUUAUGUUAAGGCAAUGUGGCUAAUGCUCCAACAAGACGAGCCAGAAGACUUCGUGGUGGCGAUGGGCGAAGCGCACAGUGUUCGCGAAUUCGUGGAAAAGGCGUUCGGCCAUGUUGGGAGGAAAGUGGAGUGGAGGGGCAGUGGGGUGGACGAGACCGGACAUGACGCAAGCACUGGCCAGGUGCUGGUCAGGGUCAACCCGAAGUACUUCCGGCCGACUGAAGUGGAUUUACUACUAGGUGAUGCGUCAAAAGCUAAACAGAAACUGGGUUGGUCGCCGCGAAUAUCGUUUGAAGAACUUGUAGUAGAUAUGGUUGAAGCUGACCUUGAACUAAUGAAGAAAAACCCGCAGGCGUAAUGUGCGUGCACCUUUAUAUAGAUAAAAUAUAAUAAACUGAAUUUUAUAAAAAACGGUGACAUCACAAUGUGCGAAUAGUGUAUUUUUAUUUGCGAAUGUGUUACGACUAGACGGCUAUUUAACAAGUUUGUAAAUUAUAAUUUACAAUUGAUAUGUCUUCUUGUGGUUUUCAGAUAUUGAGAAUGGCUAGUUUUAUAAGUGGCAAUAUGUACCUCGCUUAUUUUUUAAAGUAUAACACACAACAUGUGCCAGUAAUAAUUCAAUUUUUUUUAAAUUUGUAUUACAAAUUCCACGACAUUUGUAUUUUAAGAGCCAGCGCGCACGAGCAACUUUGUCUCCGCAACUAUUCAGAAUUAAGGCCAAUAUUCGUUUAACUUGCGUGUGUGAAAAGUAUUUAAAAUAGUAUAAAUCGCAUUUCGUCUCACUUCCUCAUAAGAAAUGAAUGGCAUGUUAUCUCGCUUACACUUAUGUGUUUUUCAAUAAAAAAGUUCUAUAUAAAACCUAUGAUCGGGAAAUUUCCUUGCAAUAACCAAUUUUGUUAUAAAUAUUCAAUUAAUUUAAACUAAGUUUGAUUUUGUAUUAAUUGGUUAAGAUUUGUUAUUUUUAUGUUUGUAUAAUAUAAUCUGUUACAGAAUAUUUUUUGUAUCCAUUCUGUUAUUUUAUUCCAAAUAUUAUAUAUAUAUAUUUUUUUUUUAACACCUACAACGUUAUAUGAAAUAGUAAGUCAAAAUUACAACUCCUUAAAUUAUAGUAAUUAUUUUGUUUUGUUAUUACAUGACAAAUAUUAAAUGUGUAAGUUUGCACAAAUGUAAGGAAUGUCUUAUUAUGCUUAUACCACAGAAUACAUAAUAGUAGCUAAACGCUACAGAACGGACACUCUCCGCCUCCCGCCAAAAUUAAACACUUACCUCACCCCGCACGAUCACGCUAUAGAUGGCCCGCAUUUUUCCGUAAGAACGAGACGCAGCGAAGAUUGACAAAAUUAAUCAAACUGACUUAAAGUAAUUUUAUUAUUUUGGAUUUGUGAUUAUCGGUUUUCGUAGAAAAUGGUUAGAUAUUGUGCUGCUGUGUGUGCAUCCGUAAGGAUGUAUUUCAUCAGAAAAACGCGAAUUUCUUUACUCUAGGCACAACUGUGCCAACCCUAAAGGCUAAAGCGUUAACACACACAUUUGCACUCUCUACAGUGUGACUGUCAAAACGAUAAUUUUGUAUGGAGUGUCCGGGGGUGUGCUUACUCUAUGUCAUACCACAAAUCUUUGGACUUAGUAUGUAUUUGAAUGCAGUUAACGAAUUUUAGCUAAGUUUCAUAUAAACAUUCCAAUUGCAUUAUCAUAAAGGGCUAUCAAGGUAUUGCAUUUAAAUAUAAUGUAUUUUUUAUUUAUCAUAAAAUAAACAAUAAACUAUUUUUAUACAAAACGACUGCUGAUGUAAUAUUUGUAAGCCAUAACUAAAUGUAUUGUUAAUUUGUUAGUUAUUUAAGUUUAUAGUUAAUAAAAAGUAUUGUGAUCGUA